GUUGUGGACGCAUAUUUCUGGGGACUAUGUCAUUCCAUUUGCACAGCAUCUCGCAUAAUUGCAAUCUUCCUUCCAACUCCUGUUCCUUUUAUUCCGUUUUAUGUGGCUGAUGGCCGUCAUUAGUUGGCACGCAUCUGCAAGCUUUGAAGGGGAUCGUAUUUAUUCCAAACGGCACCGAUGACCUAAAUAAUGCAUGAGGCGCGUCCCUGAGCGUUCAUCAGCGGCCAUGACCCAGCCCUCUUGUUUCACUGCACACGUUGAUGCAAUUUAAAGACGGUGUGUAUCAACACGCGUUACAGCGCUGAUGUACUUAAGCGCUUUGGAAGCAGCGUCAGAUGGGUGCCAGCGCGCCCACCAUCGACAGCUGCGGAAGCCGCGGCCGGGUGGGACACUGCUGGGUCGGUAUCUGCCCCGGCCCGGCAGGUGGUGAGGGCGGGCGGGAGGCGGGAGGCGGCUCCGGGCCCGGGGGGCUCCGCCAGGCGGGAGCUCGCUCUUCUGUCGCGGCGGCGAGGGGAGCAGCUCGCCGCGGCGGGCCGCCUUCUCUCAGGGUUACAGGAAAAAGCGUAGCCGCGCCGCACCCGCCGACUUCCUAUUGUGUGAGAUCCCUUGGCCGCCCGGAGCCGAGCCGGGCUCCGCCGCGGUAGGUCCCGGCGCUUUCGGCGGGAGGAGCCGGCCCGGCGCCGCGGGGCCGUCGCACGCUGCAGCCGCGCCGCGCGGCGGUGGCGGUUGUUUCUCUGACGCCCCGGGACGUGAGAGCUGAGAGUCGUGGCUGAGCUGCCGGCUUGCUUGCUUCGGGAAAGAACGCGUAACGCUCGGCAGUGGCUUUACCCGACGUGUUUCGGGCUGCUGAGACGCGGCCCCGCGCUGUGUCUGUGCGCGCACGCUUUGUGCCCCGAGAGCCGUCGUCGUUUCCUGUUUCGGAUCUGUCACAGUGUUUCCUGCCCAUACUUACUAAAAAGGAAAUGUUCAACUGUUGGAUUUGGAUAUUUAUCUUGCUCUGUAGAAGGUCUAUAGCAGAUGAAAACUCUACUAGAGAUGCUGACAUUUUUCCUUCUUCUCCUGAAAUUGAAAGAGGAUCCACCCUGAAACUAUUCUGUGUUCUUGGAAAACACUACACACCUCACAGGAAUGCAAGCCACAUCAUCUGGAAAUUGAAUCGUGAAUUAAUUGCUCAGGAAAACUAUAAUAUUGUCAAUGAGACUGUAUCUAGUAUAACUAUCAAUAAUUUCACUCACAACAAAGCACAUGUGAAGUGCUUCAUUAAGUACUUAGGGAAGGAACAACUUCUGGUUCACACUGAAGUUAAAUCUGGAUUUCCACCAGACACACCAAGAAAUAUUUCCUGCAUUUACGAUGUUGAUAUUAAGCUUACCUGUAACUGGACUUCAGGAAGAGAAACAAAUCUUGCAAUGAAUUAUACUCUUUUCAGAAAAAUUAUGAGUGUACAAGGUCCAAUUAUGCCGGAGCUGAAGAUCUCCAUCUGCGAAAGCAAAACUGAAUCAUGUUCAUUUCAUUACCCAAAUAUUCCGUUUGGUGAUAAUCUUUGUUUUCAAGUGAAAGCUGAAAAUGUUUUGGGUAAAGCCUCAUCAGAUUGUGUUCCUAUAAAUAUGGAAGAAAUAGAGAGAUUUCAACCUCCUAAAAUACUUUCAUUAAAAAAAUAUGCUGGUAUAAAGCAGUUGCUUGCAGUAACCUGGAAAAUACCUGAGAAAAGUACACGCUUACUGGAUGUAAAAUGCCAGAUUCGAUACAGAAACUUGUAUUCAAACUCAUCGGAAAUUGACACUGUUAUGGUGGCUUCUGGAGAAGAGAUAUCGACACAUAAUCUCACAGGGCUGUGGGACUCCACAGAGUAUUUGGUUGCCAUUCGGUGUAUUAGUGUUGAAUCAAAACUCUGGAGUGAAUGGUGUAAAGAGGAAAGAGCAAGUACAGAAGAUAAAGCUCCCUCAGAAAAAGUGGAUUUGUGGAGAGUAAUUGAGUCUUCAACCUCAUCUGGAAACAGAUCCGUGUAUCUUAUGUGGAAGCUGCUAAGCAACUUUCCACCCCAUGGAAGAAUUCUAGGCUACAAAAUACAGUAUUUUCCAGAAAAUAAUGCUGCACUUCAAAUGACAAACUUCACUUCUGAUAAGAAAAUUACUUUACUUUUAAAUGAAGAGGCAUAUAUAAUAUCUCUUACUGCCUAUAAUUCUGCUGGAAAUUCUCCUGCAGCUGUUUUGAGGAUUCCAUCCACUGAUGAAAAAUCUUCUCAAAUUAUUGAAGCAGUGAGAACCUUUACAACAGAGGAAGAAGUGAUUCUGGAAUGGACAGUCUCUAAGCCAGAAGUAACCGAGUAUGUAGUUGAGUGGUAUGAGGAAAUGGAGACAGAUCCUUUUUGUAGGUCAUGGCAGUAUAUAUCAAAUUCUACAAAGUGGAAACCUAACAAAAAAAACUUUAAAUCAUUUGUAUGCUACAACAUGUCAGUGUAUCCUAUUUAUGGAAAUAAAGUAGCGGCUCCGUAUUCCAUACAAACUUAUGUUCAAGAAAAAAAGCCAUCAGAAGGCCCUGUGGCUGAUACGGGUUUCCCAGGCAAAAAUGAGGUUACAAUAAAAUGGAAUGAGAUUUCAAAGGAUAAAAGAAAUGGCUUUAUCAACAACUACACGAUAUUUUAUAAACCUGAAGGUGGAAAAGAAUUGAAUGAAACAGUGAACUCCGAUGUGCUACAAUACACACUGAAGUCUUUACAGGCUAAUACACAAUACACUGUCUAUAUCAUGGCAAGCAACAGAGCUGGUGGAACCAUUGGAGAGCCAAAAACAUUCAAGACUUUGAAAUUCAAUAAAGAAGAUGUUAUUUUUAUUGCUCUACCAGUUGGAUUAAGCAUGUUGUUUCUGUUAGGCCUUUGGAUAACGUGCAUUAUGAAAAAACAUCUGUUUAAAAAGGUUUGCUGGCCUGAUGUACCCAAUCCUGCAGAGAGCGUUGCAGUGCAAUGGCCUCUUGACACAGCUAUGGGAGUGGCAUGUGAGGAUAAAACCAGAGGCCUGGAAAACAUAAGUGUUUUGGAAGAUUGUUUUCCUGAAGAAGAACAUGAAGGAUCACUACUAAUGGAUUGUGAAAAAUGUGUUUCUGGAAGUACUGACAUUAAUACAAAUGAGGCACAGAAUAUCUCUGAAUACAAAUUAACUCUGCUAAAUAGUGAUAAAAAGAUACUCAAUAAUGAAGAACAGGAAGUUGCUAAGCACCUUUCACCAUCCAUGCCUUAUAUAAUCACUGAUCAGGAUUUCAGAAGUCAAAUACAUUCAGCUUUGAUACCAUGCAAGAAUCUCCAACCCAUCAAAAUGCUGGAGGAUGAUUUAUGUGAUUCCCAACAGAUCUCAAUUAAAAAUGAAGGAAAUGAUAAUGAAGAAGUUUUAAACAGAGAAGAUUUCAGUGAAAAAAGCCCAUUCAAUCCAUACCUUAGAAAUUCUGUUAAAACAAGAGAAUUUCUUGUUUCUGAGAAUUUGUCAGAACACAGCAAGAAUGAACCCAAAAGCCAGGCAACUGUUUUACCUGGACUUCAACAAAAUGUUGUAGGACAAUCCUAUAUAACAUUGGACAUGGUUGGGCUGGCAACAGCUCAAUAGCAGAGGAAAUGAUUCCUUGUGAAGUCCCAACCUGGUAGCACUGCUUUUGUAUGUGUUUCCCGGAUGGUCGUGGUUACCUCAUAUGAAAUUACCCUAUUCCCUUGAACAACUGUGUGGUAGUGAACGUACUGUGUUUAUUCCUGUGAAGCUUCACUUUCAGAGUUGCUGGGGAUUUUUUACUUUUUUUUAUUUUUUAUUUUUUAAACCGGAGAAAUGUGUCAGUAGUAAGGCAAAGGACAUAUAGCUUUUUUUAGUUCUUUGUUUUGAUUUUCCCUGUGAGAACACCGAGCAGUGCAAGUAGCUUGCUGCUUUCCCCUUUGGCAACCAAUUCAGAUAGAUGAGCACUGCUGGGGCAAUGUGCAUGAACUUGAACGGAGCCAACAUCUCUCAAAUAUUUCCUUAAGUUACAUGAAGUAGAACAACUUUGCUAUUUUUUUCCCAUGCUUAUUUUGUAUCUAGUUUUAUGUCUACUGUUUUCCCAUCUCACAGAUAAUUGGUAAUCAUCUUUGUGCAUCCUGACUCUUGAAUCAGCAGUUUGGUUCAUAGUUGCCAUAUCUUUAAUGAGAGGAUAUGUUAUGUACAUGCUAUUGACCUGUCUGCACUUUGGAAAAGGGAGGUUUGUGUUGGCUUCCUGCUUCAUUCCCUUUCUCUCAUUUUCAGUCAUUCUCUGUAUUUUGUGUUCCUUUGGCGCUGCUUUUUUUAGCUGUUUACUGCAUGAUAUCUUCUUAUCUUCUGGCUACUGUGCCUUUAAUUUCUCCUAGUUUAAAACCGUUCUUCUCAGUUGAAGUUGUGGUAUUUUGAACAGGAAAAAAAAAAAAAAAAAAAAAGCUAUAUUAAACUUUCAGUCUUUUAGAAUUAACAUUUAGCUCCCCAGAAUUUCAAAUCCCCCAGACUUUAACAGAUUAACCGAUUAUAGACAAAAUUUUCACGCUAUAUGGCCUAUGAUACUUAUCCAUUAAAACCCCCUAAAUAAGAAGAAAAAAUGCACUAUUAAUGAAUGCAUGGGAGAGAAGGAAGCAUUCCUGUGGAUGCAUCUCCACAGAUGGUGUGGUUGCUGCCCAGCAGCUGAUUUGGAUGUAUAGGCAAAUGGUCUGCUCUGGCUCUGGCUACUUAAUGUUUCUCUUGCCACAGUGUAUAUUUCAUUGCAGAUGCUAUUUUAAUAUUCCUAAAAAGUGAUAUAAGCAUAUCUGUUAUAAACAGAUCUCUCUUUUUGAGAUUGUUGAUGACUUCUUGAGGUAGAUGUUCCAACUUCUGAUCAUGAGAGGGAACUUGUUCAGAAGAGCUGAAUUUUCUAUCCAAGUUUGAUACCUCCGUAGCAGAAGUAGCACUUGAAUGUGACAGAGCCUUAACCUGAGCACAGUGCAUGUAAGGGACUCACAGCUUCUGUUCCGGUGCUUCAGCAAAUGGGUUCAUGUCACCUUUGCACAGUUCCUUCAAUCCUGCUUCCAUUUGCGUGUUCCUUUGUUUGCAUAGUAAUCCUGUAGGCUUUGUGUUCGUAUACAGCUUUAAGAUCUAACAGCAUAAGAUGUGCUCUAGAUACGACCCACCCUGUGGAUGCUAGUUAUCUCUCAGGGCAGGCAGGAAGGACGUCAGACCUUACCACUGUUUGAAACUUGAUCCCAUUACAGGCUUCUUCUUUAGGUACAACUCAUCUGCAAUUACUUGCAUGGGUGUUUAUUUUUUCCCCUUUAUUAUUUCCCUAAUGGUUAUAACCGUUCCAGAUCUUACAGGAAGAUACAGACAGAUACUGCACUUUUUUGCAUGUAUGCCUGUUUUUACUGAAUAAGCUUGUAUAAGAACAGUGAAGCAUUCUUGUGGUGAUGACAACAAAAUUAUAUAAAUAGUGGGCAGCGUAUUAUUUCAUAUCUGUGUGCAGUACAAUUUUCCAAUAUGUUGAAUGUUCACAAGUAAGGAAAGCUCAGAUGUUACAUUCACAGUUUGCUUCCUUGUAGUGUGUAAUAAGCAGAGUGUGUUGGGAUGCAGACUUUCAGGAAGAGACAGUGAGCUGGCCUCACUGCUGUGGCAAGCUAGUAUAGCUUCAGCAGAAGAGAUGCAAUUACACAAAUAUGUCAUCUAUGGAACUAUAACAGUUCCUCUGAGAAACUGUCCAAUGAAUUGCUUUUGUGCAUAUAAAUACAUGCGUACUUGUGUCUGAGCCCAGAUAAGAGAAAUAUCACAAUUAAUCUAUUGUUUGUGCAGCAAAACUUGCACCUUUUUGUAUAAUUUGUAUUGCUGAUGUCCGCUGUUCAUCAGAAUGGAUGAGGUUGCAAGCUGGGAUCUUUUAUUCUAAAAUAUGCGUGGAGUCUUGCCUAAAAGCCCACAGGAUCCCAGCCUUUGACCUGAAAUACUAAUCUGUGUAUUUACCAUAUUUGAUGUUCUGCUGUUCUUUGCUGUUCGGAUGUGGCUUCUUGUUUCAGUAUGUGCCUUGACUUGAGCACGUGGUGCUGGAAGGAGGAUGACUGUGCCUAGUCCAAGUCUGUCUCACCCACCUAUGGCACUACCUCUGCACUUCCCAUAUGGGAAGGUGGUGGACUUGUUCCCUUCUCUGCUGAGUGCAAACCAACACAUCAGCAGUAUGGAUGGUUGAGAAGCUUGGGGCACAGGCUGGCUGAAGUCCUGAACUACAGUGACAGUAUAGAUGUUAUCUUCCAUGCUCCCAUCAUACAGAUAAUUACUAAGAUCAGUAGUAAGAUAAUCACUUUAAAUGCUUGGUGAUUGCAGCUGUGAUAGAGAAAGCGAGACUCAUGGUUAAGCUGAGCAGACCUUUGCAAAUAAGGAUGUUAGGGCAGUGGUGUUUGGCUGUGCUGGGUAUAUUUCAAAGUGGUACUCUAAAAGGCCGGGAGGGACACAUUCUGGGAAUUGUUUGGUCUGCAGCUUGUAUUGUGGUGCAUUAGGGAGCGAGCUUUCAGCUGGUAGGCUUUGCCAUUACCAAAUCCUUUGGUCUUACACUGCCGAUGAUUAGAAGUAUCACAGGAGAAGAUAACCUGAAACUCCAAAGAAAUCUGAGAUUUUAAUUUUGAAAUCUCCCUUAACAGAUUUGAGCAACAAGGCUUUGUUUUGACAGCCACAGGGUUUCAAGCAUUAGGUCGUAACAUUUUAACCUUGUCAGCCAAGAUAUCAAAAUACUAAAGAUUGAAUAUCCUGAUGUUUUUGUAACAAGCGAUCUCAGUAGUCAUGUGCACAAACCAAUGUCUUAACAGCAAAUUAUGCUUUGCUUGCAGCUAUUCUGAAAUACUCAGCAAAGAUACCCUGCCAAAUGUUACUUAACAUAUAACACAUAGAGCUUAUAUAAAUAUACAUGAUUUAAGAUUGUGCAAAAUUGAUUUUGAAACAGGUUGAAACAUGUGAUGGGGAUAGCGAAAGGCUCACUUUGCUGCUCUGUGCCAACGUUAAUAGCAGGAAGCAGGGCGCAUCGUCGCGGUGUCUAAGUCUAGAGCCCACAGCUCUAUGGACCAACUGUAAGUUCAGGUAGUUGUUCAUAGCACUAUCUUUUGCCUCUUAGCAAGGAAGUGUAAAGACACAAGAAGGAGUAAAUACAGUGGUUGUAAUAAGUUGUUGUGAUGAGCUUGUCUUACGGCUAUUCAUUGUGGCCACCCCGUCUUAAAGAUAGAGCGUUGCAUGAAGUGGUUGCUUUGUGUGCAUUGUUCUGUCCCACAUGCGGAGGGCAGUGUUUGUAAAUGGAGCCAGCAGAGGGGCUUAUGCCUUCAUUUUAUAAUGCUGUUCCUAACCAUAAGGUCUGAUUUUGUGUGUCCCAGUCUGAUAACUUAGGAGCAGGGCUCUGUGUGAGAAACGUUUCUUUUUUAGCCUUUGUUUUUGUACUUUCUUCGCUGUUCUGUUAUUUAAAAGAAAUUGUCUUUUUUAGUACUCAAGAAAAACUCAAUUAUUCUAGUGAAUUUUUUUUUGUUUUCAAAACCUUUCUUAUGAUUAUUGUUUGUCAUUUUUCCAUGAGUAAACAAUCAUUUUUGCUGCCAUCUUGCUAUUUAGUGUAACUCAAACUAUUUUUGGCUGGCUAUUUUGAAACCAGAACAGAAGAAUGAACAGCGACAGUCUGGAAGUUGGCACAGACAUUUGAAUAAAAUGUUCUUCCACGGAAUGAAGUUUUGUUUAUAGCAUAUCAAAACAUGAACUGAAGCAGAUGUGCGUAUGUAUGGUGUAGAUUUAUUCUCUAAAUUCGUUCAAAACAAAACUUGCCAGAGGAGUAAGUGCAGAGGGAUUACUUUGUACUUUGCUCGUCCAGUGUCUUUGACUUUCUUCAGCUCUCAAAAGGAUGGCACACUUCUAGGAAAGGUUAUGGGGACGCAGUCAGUGGGGCAGCCUAGGGGAGCUCGCGGUGUGCUGGCGCUGCGCCCUGCAGUGCAGGCAGUGCCAACCCCCUGCUCACUGCCCGCAGGGCUGUCAGCUGUGGGGCUGAGCUGUGGGAUCCCCCAGCCAAACGGGAGAAGGAGCUGCGCUGUAGCGCGGCACUUCUUGUUUCCUUUAGUGUGAGCGAGUUGCACAGAGCAAUGAGGGCAGCACUUUCAAGUCUGAAUGAACGCCACUGGCAUUUUUCGGAAGCCCUUGUCUUGUUCUUCAGGCAUUACUUAGCCCUGGGCUGCUGGAAGCCUCUUGAGUCAACUUGUGUGUGUAUCUAGAUUGCCGUGACUGAGUCAACGGAAUAGAAGCUUUGCACUGAGUAUUUCUCAGAAAAACAGCCUGAGAUUUCCUGGAUCUGCCAUUGCUAUCCUGAGAAUGCUGUACUCCCUUGCCAAGGAUCAGACAGCAGAAUUUUCUCCAUCAGAUGAGAAACUGUACGUGCGGUGGAUUCUGAUGAAGAAAUACUGUGUUUCGUAACCAUGGGAUUAAUCAGUAGUACUCAGGGAUGCCAGAAACAAAGCUCAUGAGACUAAAAUCAGGGUUAGUGCUCUGCGUUGUCCACUUGGAAUGUCACUGAACGGAACCCUUCGGCCUGAAGAAAGGGAGCCGGAGAGGCUCCAGAAUUAUGCUACAGCAGAUUCUGCCAUAAUGUGACAAAAUCUGGACAAUUCUUACCAUUUUUUCUAUGAAGUGAGCACUGCACACCUUUGAGACAAAUCCUUGUGUGGCCACUCUCUGUCGUGUCUGCAAGUGGUCUUUUGGGGAUUCUGACUUUUUUUUCCAAUUGAAAACUGUUUUAAAAAGCUUCUGAAUACAGGAAUUAACACUGAGGGCACAGUGUCUUUGUUUUUAACAGGAAGCUCAUCCUGUAGCUGCCCCACACCUCAGACCCCUUCCCUCCCACAGCCUCCAUGGCCGCUGCUUUCUUCUGAGAGCCAACGUCUCCCAGCAUGAUUCCUGUGUUUGCUUCUGCCUGCGGUGUGUUCUUCACUGUUACACAGCUGGCUUUGCUCGUUUCUGAGGACCACCUCUUCCCUCCAUUUGCUUUCCUUUGGUUUAAUGGCUUUUGCACUCCUGAUGAAGCUCUCCCCGGUGCCAUCUUAAUGUGAUUUCAUACUGCACUGGCAUUGUGAGGCAGGAAACUGAAUCGUAUCUGGUGCCAAUUGCCUCGUACGGCUUCAGUCUGUGCUCUUUUUCACCUCUUCUCCUACACUUGCAGCCUCCUCUGUCCUUUCUGCAGGGAGAAGGAAGAGGGCAGCACCCACCACCGCUGCACCACCACUGUGCUGCAUGUGUGCUGCAGCCCCCAAACCAGCUGUCUGCUCCCUCUGGCACUGCCUGCCAGCGGGGACUGUGCAGUGCCUUGGCCCCAGGCCUGCUGCCCAUGUGCUCCCCAGGCUCCUGCCCUAAGCUGAAGUCUCUGUUUUCUGUGCCCAUGUGCUGCCAGGGCCGCCUCAAGCAGGGGAUGGUGAUGUCUAUGCCCCAUGUGCCUGGAAACUGCACUGUGCUGCUGUGUGCCACCCUGUGCCAGUGUGUGCCCUCUGUGCCACUGCAGUCCCAGGGCUGCUGCUGUGUGUCUGCCUGCAGUGCCCAGUUCCUCUCACACCCUUGGGCACAACUCCCACUGCUGCAGCCCCUGGGGAUGGAUCUCUGUGUCAUUACCUUUAAAGGAGUUGUACUGUGGUCAUUUUUGUUUACUUUGGGCGUUUCUAUGUUGACAUUUGUAUUUAAAUGACUCCACAUGUUUUGCUGUGACAGAGCCUGACCCUGCAUUGCCUUCAGGCUGAUUUCAAAGGGAGAAGUUGGCCAGUAUCUUUCCCAGUUGUGUAAUCACAGAAUCACUUGAGUUGGACCUUUAAAGGUAAUCUCCUCCAACUCCCCUGUAAUGAACGGGGACACCUACAGCUACAUCAGUUUGCUCAGAGCCCUGUUCAGCUUGGCCUUGAAUGUUCCCAAGGACUGGGCAUCCGCUACUUCUCUGGGCAGCCCGUUCCAGUGCCCCACCACACUUACUUUAAAAAAUGUUUUCCUAAUACCCAGUCUAAAUCUCCCCUCUUUUAGUUUGAAACCAUUUCCCCUUGUCCUGUCAGCACAGUCCCUGAUAAAGCGUCUGUCCCAUUCUUUCUUAUAGCCCCUUUUAGAUACGGAAAGGUUGCUCUCACGUCUCCCCAGAGCCUUUUUUUCUCCAGGCUGAAAAGACCCAGCUCUCUCAGCAGCUCUCUCAGCCUGUCCUCAUAGGAGGGGUGUUCCAUCCCUUGGAUCAUUUUUGUGGCCCUUCUCUGGAUGUGCUCCUGCAGGUCCAUGUCUCUUCCGUCCUGAAGACUCCAUAUCUGGAUGCAGUACUCCAGGUGAGGCCUUACCAGUGCAAAGCAGAGGGUCAGGAUCACCUCACUCACUCUGCUGGCCAUGCUUCUUUUGAUGCAGCCCAGGAUAGGUUGGUAGUCUCUGGGUCAUCUUCUCUUCUGUGUUCAAUUUUGGGCACCGCAGUAGAGAAAGGACAAUGAGAUGCUGGAGCAGGUCCAAAGAAAGCUGGUGAAGGGUUUGGAGAGCAUGCCCUUCGUGGAGCGACUGAAGGAACUGGGGCUGUUCAG